UCAGAGUGGAGGCGGGUAUUUUGAAGGUGGUUUCCGUUGGUGGGCGCGGGCCCUGGCGGUAAUGGCGGAGACAGAGAGAAGAUCUGGAGGGAGCUCGGCUCGGAAUCCCGAUUUACAUCCACCAGCCAGGAGAAAGUCUGCCAGAUUGUCAGCGACACAGAAUGAAGAAAGCUCAGCUCCAGUGGUCAAACGUUCAAUUGUUCUGAAAAAGAUCGAACCCCAGAAAAACGUGCUUGCCAAAUCUAUCAUCGCAACACCAAGACGCAGCCCCCGAAUUUCCCCGAACACCACGAAGGAAAAUGUUGGCGGAGAUUUGGCGAGCAUGCCCGGUGAUGAGGUCGCACAGGUUAGCCCCUUGCCCCCCGGCUCAGCCAGCCCGUACCCCUCGGCCGAGGCGGUGGACGCAGAGAGAAGCGCGCUGAUGUCCCAGAAGGUGCGGCGCUCGUACAGCCGCCUCAGUUCGCACGGCAUCCACGCCGAUGGCAGCUUCGUGGCUUCCCCGGGCUCGGCCGGCGAGGCUUCGGACACCUCCACGCCCAACCAGUUGGCGGCAGCGGGCUCCCGCAGAUCGUUCUUCGGCUUCGACAGGCUCCUGGCCGGCGACGCUGUGCCGGGGAUCUCGCCAGUGAAACGCCUGACCCCCAAGGAGAAGCCUGCGGAGCUGCCCGGCCGUGCCGCCGGCUCCCUCGUGCCGCUGGAUGUCAACAUCCCUGGCGUCGCCGUGGCCAAGGAGAGGAAGAAGAAACGCAGAGUCCCCCAGUUCGAGAUGUCCGCGUUGGACGAGUGGGCUGCUCAGAUGAACGCUAGUUUCGAAGAAGCGGAACGCUUUGACCUGGUUGUGGAGUGAUCAGAAGGGGAGCCAUUCUCUUCCUGAGCUUGCAAAAACACUUAUUUCCAGAUGGGUUCAAAAUAGCACGAGCUUCCACAUACAGGACUAUCCGAGAAGCGUCUAACUCUCUACCAGUACUUGUAGAAAUGUAGAAGGCAGAGGAGCCUGUAUUCAUCCUACAGUGAAUUACUGCAGCUCUUUUGAGGGAUGUGUCUGUACCCCUGUCCCCUUGGAACCUUGCCAUUUGUACAAACGCUUAUCAACGUAGAAUCUCCACUUGCUGCCAGCUGCUACUCACUGAUGCUGGCCACCACCAUUGCAGAUUGCUGGUCGGAGCAUGGUUUAGGCUUUGGUGAGCUCUACAAAUGUGUCUGUCUCUCGCUGGGCAUUUACGGCUUGACCGAUUUUGACACAAGCGCAGCGUCCUCCUGGAACCAGUCGACAGCUUGGGUCAAAUGGUUAUUUUCACAACUGCUAAUCUGGCACGCAAAGCUCAAAAAUGGCCUGGCACAGUACCAUGUCUGGUGAGAUAGGGUAAUGGUUUUGAGUCAGGGGCGAGGUUGGGAGUGGGAGUGCCUAGACCAUAGUCAUUAACCUGUCACUUCACUUUUCUGCCUACUUGCUGCCUGUUUUUUUUUAAAUAUACAAUUUGUGUUUGUACAUUUUGAUAGCUUGACCUUUGAAAGGUGAAACCUCAGAAAAAUGAUCAGAUGUCAUUACUUUUAAAAAAGAACACAGCAUUAUGUAUUUUUACGAUGCUAAUCCGUAAUCGAAGCCAGAAACUCUGCCAGUACAAUCUGAACGUUUUAUAGUCCCUCUUGAAGUGUGGAACUGAAUUCUUUCUUUGCUGAUUCAAAGGUGGUUUGAAGGAUCCGAAUCUGAAUGCUACUGACCCUUGGGUUGGUUUUUUUUAAUAUAGUCGACAAACUGUUCCCACCCUGACGAUACCCGCCAACUUGCUGGAUGUGGCUUCAAUUAUGUGUGAGGGGAGCCUGCGUGAUUAUGUUUGAGCAUGUUUCCAUUUCCUCUCCAACCAGGGCUCAAUACCAUUGGGUGUUGGGCCCAGCUGCCUGGCCCCAUCCCCCUGCCCCAGUGUAGCUGUGAGCCAACUGAAGCUUAUCAGAAACCUGCUACAUGAUAGCCUGAUAAACAGUGAGCAAAACAUUACGCUGGGUAAAUAUUAUCAGCAUCGUGUUAUUCAGUAUCAACUAAAUAAAGCAUAAUGUUCACUGUGUCCUGUUCCCUCUAAAGCAGUCUUGUUGUGUUUGAAAAGGAAAUUGUGUUUUCAUUCGGAUUUCAGUGAAGCUGAGAGAAGUGUCAGCAAUGCUCAUGUUAAUAGAACCUUGAAACCCACGCCCAGCAGCAGAAACAUUCAUCUCAUCUUCCCAAAUUAAAUGGUUUUCUGGAGCUUGUUCCAGCAAAAUGCAGGUGUUUCCAGUUCUGCUGGUGGAGCAAGGGGUUAGCAAUUUCAGUGGGUGAAUUAAUAUCUCAAUAUCUGCUCACCUUGAGCUCUGGGAUUGCAUGCUAACAAUUGAAUGUGUGACCGCUAAAUCCUCUUUCUCAAAUAAAUGCUGUACGGUCCACACUGAUUCCUUCUAAAUCAAAUGCGGUAUUAAACUUUUUCUUUAAGUACAUUUUAUAACAGAAGUGAACUUUUUCUGGCCACUAAGGUAAAACAACUAAACUCUGCAGCAAUUAGACAUAAUUGCUUCUUUAGCAAACUGGUUCCAAGAAAGUAGAUAGGGCCACUUUGUUUCUAUUUUAAUAACUCGAUGUUCACUUACUUUGUGUAGGUAUAGAAAUAGCCACACACAUCAGACAUCUCGCUGGUGGCAUUUUGGUCUGUUAUUGUAUAUGUUAGUUAAGGAGGUAAUAAACUGAAUCAAAAGGCUUUGUUUUU